AUGCUUUUAACUGUCGUUUUCUUGUCGUUUCCCACCAUGCUGCGUUAUCUCUGCUGUACAGCCAUGCUGGCAUUGUCACCAGCAGAGGUAGGUCCUUUAAACUUCUUUGUAUAAUAUCCAAAUAUUUUUGGAGCUUUAUCCAGACCUGUGCUGACCGUUCCAGCACUCACUGAUUAGAGUAUAGUAUUGGUAUUUAUGUUUUCAGGUCAUUUAGACCUUGGAUGAUUUCUGGCAAAUAUUUAAUAGAACACCCCUCCAGUGUUUGCAUAGUACCACAAUACAUCUUUCCACCGCAGAAGCAAUAUUGUGAACUUGCUUUAAACAAACUCAUAUUUGAUGCCAUGUCAACAGAUUGUGCAACUGGACAGAGACGCUGUACCAAAUGGAUCUUUUGUUAUUGCUUUUGUUGUUUUUAUUAGUCCAUUUCUAUCCCGUUCCUUCAAGGAGCUCAAGGUGACAUGCAUGGCUCUCCCCCGCUCUCCAUCUUACUUCCAUAAACACCUUGUGAGGUCAGUUAGGCUGAGAGAUGGUGACUGUCCCAAGGUCAUCUAGUGAAUUUUGUAGCAGAAUGGAGAUUUAUUCAACAGUUUGGGCCAUGACCUAGAGUGACAUACCUUACCUACCUACUCCCAUAUGCACACAUGCAUAUAUAUUUUUUAUCAGCUUGCCUUACAAAGGCGCCCCUGCAGAACAACCGCUUUUAGGACUGGGGGGUGCACCACUGGAUUCGUACCUUGGAUUGUAUCCUACCUAUGGAAAUGUCAACAGUGUGCAUAUUCAUAUGCUUGCAACAACCAAAUCGUUAUAUCAUUCUGAUUUUUUUGUUUCCUUCUGACUCGCUCAGCCUCUUGAAAACAUCUUUGCUUUUAUGAUACCAUAAAAACUUGAAAUGCUUUCCUACACAAGUAGUUUGCAGAGUGCUUGGCCCUUUCCCCACAAGGUACCACAACUAAGCUGCUGCACAUUGCCGUAUACUGCAAUGCAACAUCACACAUCUAUCUGCCUGCUUCCCUUUCCUGCCUGCAAUGAUUAAAUGAUAAUUCCUUGGCCAUGAGGGCAAGUUGUAUGGCCUGCUGCCCAUUCUCUACCACGCUUUGUUAUGAUGCCAUCAGGGUGCACUUGCUAUCUUAGUAAUGCCAAUUUCUUUAAAUGUACAUGAUUAAUUUCACAUCUUGUUCUUCCCCUUGCUUUUAGAAGCUUUUAUUAUUAUUAUUAUUUAAACUGAGAGCUGCACACCUGCCCACACAAACUGCAGUGUUUCACAUUAGCUUUGGUAGUUAUUUAAGCAAGAAGAGAGGAGGGAUUUUGGGUGGGCAGGGAGGAGAGAAGCAAAGCCUGAUAACGACUGCCAUGGUGUCUAGCAACACAGGAAGCUGCCUUAGACUCUGAGUCUGACCAUUGUCUCACCUACCUCAUCUAGCAACUAACUGGCAGUGACUCUCUGGAAUUCCAUUCUGGUCAUGCCAGGCUUGAACCUAGGGACUUCUGCAUGCAAAGCAGUUGCUCUAUCGUAGAGCUAUUGCUACCUCAAGCUGUUAUUGCUUAAACAAACAUUAUAAAAAAACCAUCAAAAGUAAUACAAAAGAGUCAUCUGCAACUUGCAACAUGAAAUUAAAUGUAGGGAACUGGUCAAUUUAUACAGUCAGUCCGAUUAAUAUGCAAAUAGGUCUCUGCUCAGUAUUUUGGCUUCUCUAGCAAAUAGAGCAAGACAGAUUUCUGAUGAAUUGCAUUGUUUCCCAACUUUUUCUUGGCCACUGCAGAGAAUCUGCUCGAUAUUUCUAAAAUAAAAGCUUCCUUUGAAUUUGUACUCAAAUUGAGAAACCUAGUAAGUAACAACAGAUAUUCUUCACAGAAGAUUAGCUCUGAGACUCCUCUACAUAAAAGCAUAGUGCCCCUUAGGAACUUAUAUUCAGGUAUAUAGCAGUCAUUGGCAUUCAUCAUCCUACACUUUGAGCUGUCCUUUGUUUCUAUGUCAAAAUUGCGGCGAUUUGGACUUGCUGUGUUGGCCAGUGGAAAUGGCAGGGAUUAAGAGAACAGGGUUUACACCAGUUUGCUUCUUUCCUUCUUCUUUUCUGCUCUGUUAGGAUGACAGACUGGAACACUGGCACAGUAAAGCCUGCAAAUGUGAUUGUCAGGGAAGUCCAAAUUCCGUAUGGCCCUCGGGGACAAACAAUCUGGAAUGCAUGCCAGGUAAGAACUUUUGACUGAUCAUGGCUUCUAGCACAGGCCUAUAUUUACUUAACCUGUGAGUAAGGCCUCCAUCGCAACCACCCAAAGCCAGUUUUAAUUUAAAAUAAAUAAAUCUUUAGCACUUUUUCAGGAGAAGGCUUGGGCUUUGCCACACCCAGGGGAACAGAAUCCCAAUGUUGAAGGAAAGUCACUGAGGACACCACUACCUAUGAGGGAACUGGAGAACUGGUCACCCUCCAGAUUCCAACGCUCAUCAGCCCCAGGCAGCAUGGCCCAUGGGAGUUGUAGUUCAGCAACAUCUGGAAGGAGGUUUAACCCUUCCCCAGCUGUGAGCACCUUCCCGCCCCACAAUAUGACAAUUACAAAGAAAAGCUCCUAAGUUUAAAUUGCUGCUUAGAAGCGGAUUUCCAUUGGGAUGGUAGCUGGGAAAUGAUCACACCUUAUUACCCCGUGCACUGUGGUCCUGAUAAAAGCUGUAUCACCUACACUUAGCAUUUAAGAUGGGGAAGGUGCAGAUGAAGCUUUAUGUUACGUAUUUAAUGCAACCCUUAAAUGAUAAUGUGUCAUUCCCUCUCUCUCCCCCGCCCCAAACCUAAUGACAGUAAUUUGAUUCUUGUCUUUGCAAAAUUUGCUUGUGUUAAAUUUUGCAGGAUUCUUUAAAAAAUAAAUGCAACCCUGUAAUUUUCCACCAUCUUCAUUAUAACUAAAACCACAUAGUAGUAUUAGCUGAGAAAGAGUUUCACCUUCAAAUGCCAUAUUACGGAGAAAAGAUAUACGGUGGUAGAAACUAGGCAGGGAUGCCAUUCUAAUGCACAGCACACAGAGAGACUUCUAAGGUCAAUGGUAACAACAUUAAAUAAUUUAACUGACUUGGUCCAUCAGUCCCCAGACAUCUGUCUGGUAAUUUCUUUCUCCACGACGGUUUUCUAGAACAGAAGGUUACCUCCUAAGUAUAUUAUGAUUGUGUUAGCUAGAGAUUAGUGCUACUAAAAAUAAAACUCUCGUUUCUUGUAAACAUUGCAGGCAAUUCAGCCCAGUUUUACUUAACAUAGUUUGCAAGACUUCAACACAUACCGUCACUGUGAUUUCCAUGGUGAUGGAGACUACAAAAUAUGCCCUCAUUACAGGGAGUUCAUAGGUAGUAUCGAAAUGAAAGUGGUGAUUAAGCAGGGGUAAGAAAUUGGAUUCAGUUUGUAUUUAAAGGCAAGCCUAUCUCAUUCACACUUCUCAGAAUUUUGCAAUGCGCUUCUCCAGCCAAGCAAUACAUACAUAAACUCCUAUACCAGAGUAAAUUGUGCAAAAUAACAAAUAAAAAUGCAUCCAGCCAUAAACAUAGCAUUCCAAAAUGCAUUGUAUUAGGGAAAAUGGGUUUGCAAAAGUUAUUUGGCAAAAUCACAUACAAAUAUGAAAUUUGCACUAAUAUGCUGAUGAGUUUUCAUAAGGUUUUCUUUUAAAAAAAAUUGCCCACCGAUGUGAAAAUGUGGAGAACUGAAAAUGAGAAACAGUGUGAAACCAAUAUUGGGUUUCCUCCAUCCCUAGUGGCAAUUCAUACAAAAGGGCAACUCCAUGCAGGUCCAACAGAGCCACAAUUCUGACAGUGGCCUCCCACAAUCCCAAGGCAAUUUUGUGUACCUUGUUUGGAUGGUGAAAGUAUGCAGACAUCAUACUUUCCGUGGGCUAGGAAAGCAAUGUUAGGGACUCAGAAAUCAACAAAAUGAAUAGAGGAAACAAAGCAACCCAACUUCUACUCUUACUAAAUGCUUCAGUCUACUAGUAAAACAAAGUCUGCAUCUCACCCUCUGUAAGAGAGCCCUAGGGCCAGGGAAUCCAUGGCCUCUCUGAUGCUAUUGAACUCCAACUCCUAUCAGCCCCAGCCUGUAUGGCCAGUGAUCAGGGAUGAUCGGAGUUGAUAUCCAUCUACAUCUGAAGGGCCAGAUGUUUCCCAGCCCUGAGAUAGAGAAGGAGCUUUUUGUACCUGUGCACACUCUCUUUUGAAAAUGUUUGUUGUUCGCUUACAGAAUGCCCCUAUCACAAGCCACUUGGUUUUGAGUCAGGAGCUGUUACUCCAGACCAGAUAAGCUGCUCCAGUCCAGAGCAGUACACUGGAUGGUACACUUCAUGGAUUGCAAACAAGGCCCGGCUUAAUGGGCAAGGUUUUGGGUAAGCAGCACAUCUUCCUCCUAAUGUUUUGACCAGUAAAGAGUCAGCCAGACACUAUGUAAAACCCUUCCUUCCUUCCUUCCUUCCUUCCUUUCUCUCUCUUUCUAGAAGUCUGCUCAACUACCUCUGCUCUUUGUCUCACCUGCUUUUUGAUGUUGUGCUGAUCCACUUCCUCCUGGUUUUUGUUCCCCCAGCUGUCUCUUCCUGCCAACCACUGUGUCAACAAGUUAUUCUUCCUGCUGGCUGUAUUAAUACAUUUUGAUAUGGCUCCUCUAAAUUACCUAUUUCUUGAGCAUGUGCUCUAAUUUGCUUGUGCAAAGUUUAUGCAGAGGUUAGAUUAUAGCUAGUUUUUAUGGAGCAUUCCUUCUCACUUGUUUGCAGGGAGAUUAUAUGACAAUGAGCAUCCACCCUGCAUUCCUCUUAGUUUGCUUGCAGGUUGUGUAUCUAAUGUGCCAGAAAGGCAUAUAGUGUACAUUUCCUUGGCAUUUUCCUGCGUGCAAAAUGUCUGAAUGAUAUGCAACCAAAUUUAUGGGCUAAUAGCCGUAAAUAAAUAAAUAAUAAAAAAAAUAAAAAUAAUAUGCAACCAAAUAGUUGUGCUAGUGCAAGGAUUAGUGCUAGUGCAACAGGAUUGCCUUUCCUUUCCUUCCCCCCAUAUGCCCUGUGCCAUCCCAAAAUAUGCUCCAGAGAAUUAAGGGAACCCCAAGAACAGAUUUAGGGGGAGAACACUCCGUUGUGCAAGGAGAAAUUCCUUAAUGCUACUUUGAAUACAACAGGCCGUUUCUAGAGUUUUUGGCACACUAGGGUGAUGGGGCAUCUUAAUCCACUUUAAUUGUAUGAUUCUAAAUUCCAUAGUAUGUUCUUGAACUCUUCCCUCAAACCAGGCCCUAUGCAGAGGGAGGUGCGGAAGGGGCGCAGCCAGGUACACUUGCCCUGGGCUGGCCAGUUGGCUCCACCAGGGACCAGUUGCUUUUUUUGUCUGAGUUUCUAACUUUAUUCUAAGAACACUCUCUCCUCAGGCCUCAGGGCACUGCACAGGCCUGCUUCAAACUCCUGGCAGUCUGGAGGUGCCUUUCAUUCCACCUACAUUGACUCCCCGAGGGUAUUACACAUAAAUCAAAAUGGCAAAAUGUGGAGUUAAGAGGCACAGGCGCAACUGCAGCAAACGAGUCUGAGCGCUGCUGCCAAAUUGUCCCAGAGAAGUUACUUCUAGCAUGCCGGUGUCAGCUGCAAUUGCAUACCCCUCCGACCUCAGAGAACACAUCUCAUUCACCGGCAAGUGUUUCUUUUAGUAUAGGACAUAACCUUCUAUGUCUUUCUCCUGCAACUCUUAACAGGUGUGCCUGGCUCUCCAAAUACCAAGACACAAACCAGUGGCUGCAGAUUGACCUGAAGGAAAUCAAAGUGAUUUCAGGAAUAAUCACACAAGGACGGUGUGAUGCAGAUGAAUGGAUGACGAAGUACAGCGUGCAGUACAGGACUGACGAGAACCUGAACUGGGUCUAUUACAAGGAUCAGACAGGAAACAACAGGGUCAGUAUGGGAUGCAUUUUCUGAAAGACGCAUUCUCUGAAGAUGUCCCCACAUUGGCAUUUGUUCAGAACAGAGUGUGUUGAGAUAAAUAAUCCCAUUCAAAUAAAAAUGAAUCCUAGUAUUCAUUGACUUUCAGUGCUUGACAAUCAAAUUUGAGUCCAAGGCUGAGAUUCUAAACCCACUUAUCUGGGGUUACUUCUUAGUGGUUAAAAUCAUUAGGUUAAACUCAUGUGCCCCGAUAAAGUGAGGGACAAGGAAUAUUCCCUCUUAAAAAAAUUAUUCACCAUACUUCAGUUGAUCACCCAGUAAAUAAAUAGAUAAGGAAAUAAAUCAGAAGGCUAAAUGUGUGUGGCCAGCCAUCACAACACUCAUCUAGGAAGGUUGCCAUUGAACUGGCUGCAUGUGUUUUGACAGAUAUGGAAAUGUCCAGAGGAACCAGUUGCUACAUGCAACAACUUACCUACCUCUAGAACUGAUUAGAGGGUUGAGUUUCCCUGAUACUGUUGAUAGGGAAUCUAGUGGGAGGUAAGCAGUGCCACAUUUAUUUAGAAAAAUGGUGUUUCUGUAAUGUGAAAUAUACUGUAGAAAGAAGCAGAACUUUUAAAGUGUUACGGCACUGGAAAUAUAUUAUUUUCUCCUGAGUAAAUUGCAGGGGGGGGGGGGGGCAAAGGCUGUAAAGAGCACUGCUAUGUAUAAUGAGUGUGAUAUUUUUAAGCAGAUAGAUUCUCAUACAAUCUGCUACUUGUUAUAGCUGCUUUCCAAGGUGGCAAAGUCCACACUGAAUACCAUAUUCUACCACCUCUUUAGCAUCUCAUCCAUUGUCAGUUUGCUGCACUCUAGUUCAGAAUUGGGGAAUUCAGAGUACAAGCUUUCACAACCUGGAGCUUCUGAGCUAAUUGCCAGUCGACCCCAAAUCUCCCUGAAGUUUGGACUUGCCAUGCCUAUAGCCGAUAGCCAAAAGAAAAACGAAAAAAGAAUCUGAAUAAAAUUCUGUAUUAAUAGACAACAUUUGAAUAAAUAAUUUGAACGGGAAAGGAUGAGAAAAAGAAUCUGCAUUAGCCUUGAUUUCAUUACAUUGGAGCAAAAUCUGCAUUUGUUCUAAAUUGAGAAAACUGACAAGAAUUACAAGCGGAAAUAUUUCAGUCAUAAACAUUUUUACGCUAUGUAGAGCCAAUACAUUUAUGACACUUACUCCUCAUUUAUACUAGUGGGUUCUUCAUGGAUUUGACUAGCCAUGCUACAUGCCAGGAUGAAACUACACGCCCUGGAAAGCCUACUAUUGUAUAAACAUAAUUUAGCUGUGGAGAGGUUGGUUUAUCUCCCCAAGCAGAAUUUGGCAACAUGCACCAUGUAAUUGCAAGUAAUUUGCUUCUAGUGACAGAAACCAGCAGCAGUAUUGCUUGGUAAAUUAGUGACACGAAAUAAUUUAAGUCGCUAAAUAGGUUUCCAACUUACUGAACGCAGAAUUAAAGGAAGUUAAGGCCUCAAUCCUGUCUUCUGUGAAAUGAACUCUGUCCCGUCCCCCCCAGCUUUCUUUUUUCUUUUUGUCUUCUGUAGGUUUUCUAUGGAAAUUCAGACAGAUCAUCUUCUGUGCAGAACCUUCUGCGCCCACCCAUUGUCUCGCGCUACAUUCGCUUGAUACCACUUGGCUGGCAUGUGCGCAUUGCCAUCAGGAUGGAGCUGCUUGUAUGCAUGAAUAAGUGUGCUUGA